GAUUUAAUAUACGUUGUGUAUUCUUGAAAAUCGUCGAACGGGGAUCGUUCGUCGUUUCUUCUCUCUUGUUCUCCCGCUUCCGGUUUAUGUCACUCCGAAUGCGCGUUUCCUGUUCCGGUAAAUUGUUCACGGAGAAACGGUGUCGCUCGGCCGUUCGUCUAUAAAAAUGCAACGUGAACCGAUCUUGGACUACGAGGAGUUCGCUAGUUUACAAUUAGACAAACCGGUGCCCGAUCUGAGAAACGAAGAGCAACUGAAACAGCACAGUGUGGAUGUCAGUUUGGAAAAACGGCCGGCAGAGAAAGCCUAUUAUCUGUUAACGAAAGGCGAUGAGUUUCAAAAGCUCAGCGUCAUACAAAACUUACCAAGUCUCUUACAGACAGACUCGCAAUCAUGCAUGUCUCGUGUGGUACCAAAAAUGCAGCAGUCAUUGGCUACUGCGUCCACGGAGUUCCACAUUGCAGCAUCGUCCACAUUCAAAACGAUAUUAGAGCAGAAACUUGUCAGCCAUAAUGUCUUCAGUCAAACAUUCCUCCCAAGUAUAUUAAAUUCGCUCGAAAGUCGUGAUCCAGUUGUUUGUGAUGCAUGGCUGGAGACCUUACUGGAUGUGAUAGAGUUACUGCCGGUAGAAGUCAUAAGAGCGCAGAUUGUUCCAUUGACUAUAAGCAAAGGACAAUUGUCUCAGCCUAUCAACUCCAGGGUAACGUGCAGCAGGUUACUAGGGAAAAUUUGUACAAGAUUUGAUCCUGCUAUGAUACAGAAGGAAAUUCUACCAUCAGUACAUUCCCUCUGUCAGGAUGUAAAUAGCGAAGUACGAGCUAGUAUCUGCUUGCAGCUACGUUUUGUUGCCGAAGGCCUUGGUGCUGAGUCUGUAAAAUCUGCUUUGCUACCAUCUCUUGUAGAAUUAGCAAGCGACGAAGAAAGCAAUGUAAGAUGCACCUCUGUACAGACAAUAGUGUACUUGCUACCUCAUCUUCAGGAAGAUACCAUAAAAACUAUCAUAGUACCGCUCGUUAAAAAGUUAUGCGAGAACGCAACAAAAUCAGACGACCAUGUGAUAUGCGUAAUUGCUCAGGAGUUUGGGAAACUCGUACUCGGUUUAGAAAAAUGCCUCGUGACCGCGGAAAAAACAUGGUUUCUGAAGUAUUUUCAACAACUUGCACAAAUGGGUAUGGUCUCUAUCAAAAGCGAUUCGAAACCCCACCAUUCUUUUAUGAGCUCGAGUCCUGCUGAUGAAGAGAAACACAUGGAAUGUAGAAGAUGUUGCGCUUUUAAUUUGCCUGCGAUGUUUCUUUUUGUGUCGGACUCCUCGGACGACACGGACGCGUUGCUUGUUACCUUUAAUUCAUUAGCGAGCGAUCACUAUUACACAAUUAGGAAAACCGUAGCGAGUGGAAUUGGCGAAGUGGCGAAAAUAUUGUAUCCCAAGAGCGGCCGGAUCAAAUUGGAUCUGAUCAAAUUGCUGAAGGACGACUCCGAGGAAGUGUUACAAGGUUUAGUUCCUCACAUUGGGACAACGCUCGACUGCCUAGCGGAAAGUCAGACUAUCGGGGUGGACAGGGUGGACUCCACUCUUAUGGAAAUCGGCAGGGCGCUGUUGAAAUGUGAAUCGGAAAUAUCAACCACCCACAACUGGAGGCUAGCAUCGAUGAUGCACUCGCAGCUCGAGAUAAUACCUAAGUACUUUCCAAGCGAUUUUAUAUAUUCGUACUUUGUGCCAAUGGCGUUCUUCAGGAUACUGCACGCUAGACCGAUACCCGUGCGUCUCGCCGCAGGAACGUUGUACCUGUUCCUUUUACGUUACAACAUGAAGCCAAUACAAAGAGUCGAACUACGAAGCAGACUAUAUACAGAACUGGCGACUAGUACGGACUGUUACGUUCGGAUGAUGUUCGUUCGCAUGAUGGUGGCGGCCUUGGAGAUCUUCUCGUCCGCCUACUUCAAAGAGCAUUUUUUCACCGUUUUAUUGAACCUGGCGGAAGAUCCCGUUGCUAAUAUAAGAAUCAAAGUGUUAUCCAUGUUGCCCCAAUUAAAAAGCAAACUAUGGUUACCGACGGACAAAAAGCUACUCUCGGCAAUGGAGACAACGAUAGGGCACCUGAUGAACAGCGAGACAGAUAGGGACGUAAUUGCUACGCUGUCCAGCGUCAUGCGGAAAUUGAUCGACAUUGAUCCGAAAUACGAUAACCAACCUCUUUCCAAACAGACGAAACAUGAUAUAGAGGACGCUAAGAAAUUUGAGGAAGAGAAAAGAUUGUCCGGAAUGGUCCCUGGAAAGUCUCCUCCUGGCGGUGCGACCAUGAAGAAAGGAGCAUGGCGACGUCCAGGCGAAACCUCAUCCAAGUCAGUGACAUCCGCAACAUCUAAAACUACGGCGGCAUCUCCUCGCCACUCCAGCGAACCCGGAAGAAUGAGUCCACUAACGACUUCCAGCGAGAGACUAACAUCAAGUUCUGCACGCUUUACACCUAACAGACCUCAGCUAACACAACCUUGGGAAAGGCUAGGGCAUAGCAACUCGAACAACCCUGUCGACUAUCUGAUGCAAAAGAUACAGCAGAAUCGCUCGAAGCUGACCCCGCUGCCGUUCAUAGUCUUGCCGGAGACCAGCGAGCAGAAUGUGCUGUUGACAAGAGACUACAAUCGCGAAUUCUCUACUAACAACAUCGCCAGCACGGACACUGCCACCGCGAGAACGCUCGCCAGUGCUCCGAACCUGGCUGUCCUCCGAGCACUAACCAAAGCGGCUCAUUAUAAUUCUUGUUGGCCCAGCAGCUCGAUGCCGGAGAUACCGGUGAUGCUGUCCGACGACGAGUUCUUGGUGGACGCCGGCAUCAGGAUACCAGCGCAGUUCUCUGCCAGCCAAGGGGUCUCGAAAAUUCCUCAUCUACAGGACUCGCUGUUCACCAAACGAAGACACUUCAGCUUCGAGCGCUCGCGCACCGUCAGCUUCGACAAAGGCAGUCCUAAACGUAACUCGUCCGUGGGCUACGAGGACUGCAUGCAGAGGAGAACGAAUGGAGGAGACCAGUCGGGUAGCCCUAGGACGUCGAUAGACUGCGAGGAUGGCCUCAGGUUGGUCAAGGACGACCAGCAACUCGGCAAAACCAUCUACGUCGGGCCUCUGAUGAGGUCUAGGUUUGGGUUCGUUAAUCAAGAUCGAUCCAUGGACGAUAAACUGAAACGGAAUUCAUUGAUAUUGGACAAGAACAAGCCCAAGAUCCUCCAGACCAAGUGCACUCUGGAUCGGACCAAACGGCACUCGGCAAGCUUCGAGAAAACGAAGCCCAAAAGAAGCUCGUCCAUGGACUACGACGACAGCAUGAAACGAAGAACUAAUGGAUCCGACGAGCCCAAGGAUCCUAGAACCUCCAUCGACUACGAAGACGGUUUGAGAUGUCUGAGAACGAGGUUCGGGUUCGUGAUACUGGACAAGAACAAGCCCAAGGUCCUUCAGACCAAGUGUAACCUGGACAGGACUAAGCGGCACUCGACGAGCUUCGACAAAGCGAAGCCAAAAAGGAACUCGUCCAUAGAUUAUGACGACAGCCUGAAGCGAAGAACCAACGAAUCCAAUCAGCCGAACGAUCCCAGGACCUCCAUCGAUUACGAAGAUGGUCUGAUACUAGUCCAGGACGAGGAAUUGGAUAAGAAAGACUCGGUGUAUUUAGGACCUCGGAUGACAACUCGCUGGAACUCGCUGAUCUUGGAAAAGGAAAAGCCUAAGCUCGUGCACACCAAGUGCACGGCGGACUGGCCUAAGAGACACUCGGCCUACUUCACCAUGAAGUCAACGGACUCGAAAGAGACCAAGCAGACCAUCAAAUGCCAUAGCCUAGAGGUGGCCGAUUACACGCCGAGCGAACGUCUCGGCAGAGCUCUGAGACGUCACUCGACCCUGGACGUGAACCAUAAUCAGGGACUUAGCAAAAUACCCUUAAGAAGUUUUGUACCUCGUAGUAGAACCGCACCGGCUACCAGGGCGUCCAGCCCUGUGCACAUAGAGAAAUUGUGUCGAAUGCCGUUCUGGGAGUCUUAAGACGAUAGCAAAAACGUUUUUCGGACAUUCAUCCUGCAUGCGUCGAUCCGAUCGAGGGUAAGAACUCGUGGCCUCCAUUCUCCUUAAUCUUACUUUGCUGCACUUUAUAUUCGAAAUCGGUCUUUCUUCUGAGAACAGUUUUUAUUCUGAUCAGGGGUCUCCCUAGUUUCUAUGCUACAAGGUAGUCUUUGGACAUUUGUUUCCUAGAGAAGUAUACCGAAUAUUGUAGUUUCACACUUGGCACGCUUAUUUAUCGACGUUCGAGGAAUGGACUACAUCUUAUUGUUUUUUUUUGUUUUUUUUUUAAGCUACAUUAAAUAUACACCGAGGGUAGUACAACGAAUUCAGUUGCAGGGAAUACGUAUCGAGAAUGUUAAACUGCAAGAAAACGCGGAGUACGAUUUCUGCAGGAUGUAGAAUUAGGGGGACCCUCUAAUGAAGAGUCACACGCGGUCUCCAAGGCGUUUCCGCGGACAUCCGCUACUAACGAGGUACUCGAGAACUGUCACAAGGGCUGUUUAGUUGGUUCGCUAUCUCGUGCCUUUUACACAGAGCCUUCUGCGUUCUUCGUCGCUUCUCAUAGGCAGCCUAACAACGUGUUUUCCUAUCGGUCCGUGGAGAGGAGAGGCUCUCCCUCGUGCCGACAAUAUUCUCCUGGGGAGCAUUUCCAUUGAUUAUUCGCGAUGCAUUUUCUGAUCGAUUGUUACGCGUGACCAGGCGUCCCGUGAUUCGCAUUUCACUCGGCAUUUAUUUCGAUCGCGUGCAGUUUCCGCAUUCGAUUGGAGAAUCUCUUUCUCUCCCCCCUCUUUCUCUCUUUCUAUUUAUCUCUAUAUCUCUUCGAAGCGCAGGUUGCAUCGCGAGAACGUGUCGAACGCCGCGAGCCGAGGCGCGCAUGCUUCAGUUUAGAGAAGACUGUUUUAUCCGAGUUCGCGAAACGGUGUUUCACAGAUGAAAAGAGACGAAGACAAAGACAAGACUAUUUUGCACUUUAUUUUAUAGCUGCAUAUCUGAUAUUGGCCUACGAACAGAGUGAAAAAGAACUAUAUUAAUAUACAUACGUACGUACAGCGGCUCCAGAAAGUCUGCCCAAACGAAAUUUCUGGUUUCAACUAAAAUCGUGGAUAUCUCAACGUUUGCAGGAAAUUCGAACGUCGACGGCUUGUCGAUUAUCUGAGAUCAGUAUACGAAGACUUCCCGGUGCCGCUCUAUGUACAAUCCUUAUUGUUAAUAGAGUUUAAAGAGCAGUUGUUGAUCCACUAACGGAGUAUAUACAUAUAUUCUGAUAGACUAUUGUAUCGAAAGAAGAACGCGAGAUCAGACGACGCUAGGGUUACACAGUAUUGUAAUAGCCAAUUCUAGGUCUAGUCUCGAUUAGCUGUAAAACAGAGCUAGGUUUCCUCGACGCCUUCCAAUGGGAGGCGCUCUUUUUUAAACUCACCCCAUGCGUUUUGUACUUUGCUUUUCGAACAGUCGUUCUAUCCCCCCCCCCCUUACCCUACCCUUUUUUUAAAUUAAUUCGAGAUAUCUGUCCCUACCCCACACCCCUCCCCCCUUUCCUAUUAGGAUCUCUCGUCGACGUUUUUAUCGUUUUAAACCGUAGAAGAUUGCGAAACACUUCUCGUUAGACGCGUGCAAUAUUUAAGCGUUCAUUUCUGUUUAAUCUUCUAAUCGGGUGUCCGGCGUCAUUUUAUUCACACGUUCGAUAUAGAUAUUUGUCCGUUCAUACAAGGGAUGAGAAAAGUUGUCUGUGAUUCAAGGAAAGGUUCAGGAAAUUCGAUCGGCAGCCAAUCCUCCCCAAUUGUUCAGAAAGCGUUUCCUCGCGAUUCCCCGGUUGGAAGGUUAACAACAAUCAUGCCCGGAGUAUAGCGUUUCACAUUUUACCGGCAACUUUUAGCUGUUACGCGUUCCCAGCGUUUACUCGUAAGUUUUAAUCGAAUAUCACACCACGCGAAACAUCGACGUGUCGAAGGGACGUCCGUUUUCCGUUCGACGAACCAGCGAAUUCCGUCGGCGAAACGAAAGAAAUACCUUUUUUUGGAGCACGACUUUUAGGGAUUCUCGAUAACUCCCCGAUAAUCAUCACACCGUGAAAACGACCGUGAGAGAAAAUUCGAAGAAAAAGGAACGUAGAAAACGAGAUUUCACGCUGUUUGUUCUAUGCUGCCGCGAAUCGCGCGGAGCGCUGUGUUGUGUCUUGAGCAAGAGGAAAUAUCACAGGAUCUAAUUAAAAGAAAAAAAAAAGCAUAGAUAAUAUAUAAAUAUAUAAAUAUCUGAAUCUAUUAUGUAUCAUGUAUGUAUAUAUAUAUCAUAGAGAGAGACUGACCAACGUCUAGAGAACCGAUCGUGAUCUAGAGAAACGUCUAUGCAGGUCGUAAUUAUCGCGAGGUCAGGCGGGGAGAAUAUAUCAAUGCAACGGAUGGAGCAACAAACGCGAUCAUCUCCGCGAGAAAUAUUUUCAAUUGAGCUUCUAGAGGAUAUAUUUUCGAGCGCAGGAGCACAGAAAACGGUGAUGAAAAUGUAACAAAAAAAGGAGAGAAAAAAAAAGAAGAAAGAAAAGGAAAGGAAACGGUGUACGACGAGAGAAAGAGGACAGAGUUGUUAAGACGCUUCGAAGCCAAAGAUAUAAUGAUUUCUAACUGUAACGAGGUUCAGGUGAAUCGUACAAAGUCCUAAAGGCAUUAUGUACUUGCGUGUACCAUGUACAUUAAUACCGUGUAAAGCUUUA